AUGCAAGGCCAAGUGCUUAUAUUUUGCCCUACAAAAAUGAAUUGUGAAAAUUUGUGUAAAUUGUUGACUAAUUUGUGUCCUCAAGAAUUUCGAGAACACCGUUCAAAAGAAAGACUUGCCAUUUUAUCCCAACUUAAAGACGAACAUGAAGGAAGGAUUUGUCCAAUUUUGGAGGCUGGAAUAAAAAGUGGUGUUGCUUAUCAUCAUUCUGGACUUACAAAUGAUGAACGUUUAUUGGUUGAAGCUGCUUAUAAGACCGGAAUUAUUUCAAUAAUUUGUUGUACUUCAACACUCGCUGCCGGAGUUAAUUUGCCUGCUAGACGAGUAAUUAUUCGAAGUCCACAUAUUGGUAAACAAAUGUUAAAAAAGUCGCAAUAUUUACAAAUGAUUGGAAGGGCUGGGAGAGCAGGGUUAGAUGAAAAAGGCGAUUGCAUAACUAUUGUAAAGAAUGGGACAGAAUCCGUUGCGUUGCGUAAUAUGUUAAAUAAUCCGUUGGAACCGUGUAUUAGUGGACUCUGUGAUGAUCAACAAAGAGAAGCUUUUUUCUUGGAUUUGAUUGUUUUGAAGAUAUGUUCUACAAUAGAUGAAUUAUAUCAAAUAUUUAAAAAGUCUCUUUAUGGAAUUCAAAAACAUGAUGACACUGAACUUCGUAUAUUAACAGAAAAAACGGUUCAGUCUUUACUUGUUAAUCAAAUGGUUUUGCAACCUGAAGUGGACCAUUUCUUUUCUACACAAAUUGGAAUAGCUACAUUCAAUGCAAAUUUUAAUCCUCAAGUUGCUUUGGAUAUAAAUAAAGAUCUUUCUGAAAAUUUGAGUCAAGGAAUUGUUUUAUCUUCACAUUUUCAUCUUCUCUAUAAUUGUGUUCAAAUGGAUGUGGAAGUAUCUAAUUUAGAUUGGAAUUUAUUUCAUAAUGAGGUUUUUUUUAGUUUUUUUAGGAAAUUUGGGCUUUUCUUGUAUUUUUGCCGAGCUGGAGCUCUUAACAGAUUGUUAAGCUAA